GUCCAAAAUUUAUUUUUCUCUUCACUUUUUUUAUCUCUCAACCACACAACACAACCACCACAGCACAUUCCCAUCAUUACCACCAAACCACCGCCAAAAUAACUGAUUACAAUCACACAUUACAUGAGAGAACAGGUUAUUCAACAUGUUCUAAAUCAUUGAUCCUCCAGAUCACUCCUCAGUUGACUCCAUCAGUCAAUAUUCCUUCCUCAACCAAUCAAACCAUUUCCAACCCACUCAACCCCCCUUCAACUCCAAAUUUUCCCUUCCAGGAAAAUCUGACUUCUAGCACCGCUUUCAGCAGCUUUAGUCCUUCAACCGCAACAAUACUCCCACAAGAGUUCACCUCUUUCACCACGGAUUCUCAAUCACCAUGGCUUCCCAACUCCAAUUCAUCGAGCCUGCCGGCAUCAACACAUCAACCAUCCAACAAUCAGCAUCUGAACAAUCCGCUUCAGCCAGAUCAACCGCAACAGGACUUUGUUCUUUACGAGAGCAGAACACCGAACGUUCAUCGUACCCCUAGUUUAUCCAGUACCUCUGCCUUAACAGCUCAAAAUCGUCGUCACUCAUCUCACCUCGCAUCUGCUUCCCCAUUGCUACAGAAUCAGAGAGUCGCAGCGAUCAUACAAUCUACCGGACAUUCUUCUAACUCGGCUUUCACCAAUCGGUUCAACUCUCCUGCGCAGCUUGUUCAGCAUCAGCACUUUUACCCUUCUGCUCCUGUUUCUCCUGCAACUUUGCAACAACCUCAGCGAUCUCGUCCUCAAGUACCCUUGUUUUCACAAUCAACUGGGAGCAUACCGCGAACUCCAAACAUGGCUUUCCAAGACAUGGAUCUUUUUGGUGAUGAAUUCACUCCUUUCGAGGGUGGAUCCUCGACACAAAACUCAUACUCUUCGGCCUUUUCUUCCCCAGCCAUUCCAACAAUGUAUGAUCCAAUAAACAACUUGUCGUCUUCAAGCUCUACCACCAACAUGAGUUUCGUUUCACCUCGAGAUCUUUCUCUUCGCGAUUCCUUCGCCACGGCCUCUGCUCCCAACUCGGCUGCGUUUACAAACUUGACUACUCCAUCAACGUACAACGAGUCCCCUGCUUUCGAAUACCAAGAUUCGCCUUUUGUCGGUCAAGAUGGACUGAACGACAACACCACUGUUCAAACAGGUGAUGCUUGGUUCUCUCUCUUCCCAGAUGCGGAGAACUUUGAGCAAGCAAACGCCACCAACUCUCCUUUAUUAGUAGAAGAAGAACUCGAAGUCGCUGAACAAUUAAAUGCUAAAAAGGAUACCCGUCGCAAAUCUGGAUCCGCAACAUCUCCCAUGUCAGCCACUUCUGGUAUUCGAAAACCAUCAAAAGCUUUACCACCUAUCAUCGUCGAGGAUUCUAACGACACCGUCGCAAUGAAACGUGCUCGUAACACUCUUGCUGCUCGAAAGUCUCGUCAAAGAAAAAUGCAAAGAAUGGAAGAACUUGAAGAUGAAAUCACAAGGUUAACUGCCGAAGUGGCUCACUGGAAAGAAAAAGCUCUUCGAAGAACUUAAAUGGAUAAUCAUGACUGUCUCUUUUCAGUCGCCGGCACAAUCAUGGAUUGGAGGAAGGGAUUUUGGGUACCCUUUACUUCAAGGAGAUUAUAGUAGCAGCUAUCGCACAGGGGCAAUAGUCAUGACGCUAUAAUUGUGGAUUUCUUUGGUUCGAAAAGUAUUGUUAUAUUCUUUUUUUUUCUAUUUCACACUUUGAUAUUUGGAAUGGUUUGGUAUGGAAUUGUGGGAUGGUUUAACUUCUUUCGUGUUUCCUUUAUAAUAAAGGAUUCUAGGGAUAUGUAUGGGGAUAUCAUUGAAUGAGUGGCUAUUUUGCCGUGGGUUUACAGAUACAUUUUUAUCGUUUUUCUCAUUCUUUUUUCUUUGGCUGGAUUGGAAUUUGGUGGAAAGGAAGUUGGUUUUUUGGUGAGUCUCCCGUUUGAAUCCUAAUUGAUUCAAAUUGUGUGUGUGACCCAAACGUUGUGUUGUGUUGGUUGAAUUUAUUAUUGAUGAACAAUAUACUUGAUUCAUCAAUUUCA